CACAAUUCCCAGCUCUUUAACACCCAUCCCUUCUUUCCAGAAAGGUCGGAGGCAGCGGGGAGAAGCAUUCCAUCGCCUAGAACGCUGCCGGCGCCCCCUGGAAGGUGGCGCCAGUACGACACAAAGGCGGGGCCCGCGUGGGGGAACGCCCCGGGAUAUAGACGGGGCGGGGCCUCCCCGGAGGCCAGUGCGCGGCCGCGGAGCUCGACUUGCGCGUCGCUCCGCCCUCGGGAGAGUCGGCGCCACCAUGGAGGAGUACCAUCGCCACUGCGACGAGGUUGGCUUCAAUGCUGAUGAAGCCCACAAUAUCAUUAAAGAGUGUAUAGAUGGGGUCUUAGGUGGUGAAGAUUAUAAUCAGAACAACAUCAACCAGUGGACUGCAAGCAUAGUGGAACAGUCCUUAGCACAUUUGGUUAAGUUGGGAAAAGCUUAUAAAUAUAUUGUGACCUGUGCAGUGGUCCAGAGAAGUGCAUAUGGCUUUCACACGGCCAGCUCAUGUUUUUGGGAUACUACAUCUGACGGAACCUGUACUGUAAGAUGGGAGAACCGAACCAUGAACUGUAUCGUCAAUGUUUUUGCCAUUGCUAUUGUCCUGUGAUGGACUAAAAAUGUUUGGCCAAAGCCAUUAACUUAAGAAUUUGUCAGUGUAUCCUUUCUAAAAAGAGUAGUAGUUACUCAUUAAUGUGCUAGAUGACAAGUGUGCAGUAUGCUUCCAAGCUAUCAACAAAAACUGAAUAUUAUAAGCAAGCAAUCUCAUAGUAAAUUGGGAGAUUAUCUCAUAUUCUAUACAGCAUCAUUUAAAUAAGAACAUUUGACAUCAGCGAAAAACAAAUACGGAAACAUGGCAUGACGUGAAAAUAUAAUCUUACAUUUACACGGGCUUUUCACUAACAUUACAUACCUAAGGAGAUGGGGAAAUCCAUUUAGAUAAAAAAAUCCUCUUUCAGCUAGAGAAAUUAGCAGGGAUAAAUAUCUGAACAAAAAACAUUGCAAGGUUAAAGGUGGAGAAAAUAAUAAUUAGCUAACACUUCUUGGGUUUUAUUUCUUCUCACCAGUUGUACAUAUGGUUUAGUGGAAAGUAAUUUUGCUCCUUUUUUUCCUAUCAACUAAUAUUACAGUAGCAACUAUUAUUAACCAGUUUACUUUUUCUGAGAAUUGUUAAGACAGUUUUUUAAAUUUCAAGUUCUUGGACUUACAUUUUAGGGCAAAUUAAAUCUGGUAACCCGAAUUCCGUAGUUAAAAUUAGUUUCAGUAUAUGAUGGAAAGGAUCUGACUCUAACAGCUGCCUUACAAAUCACUCAUUCCAUGGGGAACAUUUAUUGAAUGCCUAUCAUGAGCAUAUUUCUCUGCUAGGCAUUACAGUUGUCAAUAUGUCGUUCAAAUUCUAAGUUUCUUUGACACCUGUUCAUUCAGACAACUAACAUUUAUUAUUUGGGGAAGACAAAAAAAAGAGUUGUUUUACAAGAGAGGAAAAAAAGUGAAUCUGGUUAUUCAUGUAGCAGUAAGCAAAAUGGAAAGCACUUACGCUGACAGAGAAUUAUGGAUGUAAUUUUAAGAAUUGCUCCUAGCAAGUAAAAAAAUACAUAAAAUAUGCAACUCUUAGUUAAAGGCCUUAUUAGCAGUUUAACUAUAUAAGUAGUAAAUGUUGUCAUUGCUUUAGUUAAAACCAUCUGUAAAUAAUUUUAAAUACUAAUUGUGUGGGGUUCAAAUUGAGUAGAAUAAAGUAUAAAUUAAAAGUAUACAAUCAUUAGCAGGUUAUUGAAAAUCUCAGGGUAUAUGGAAUGUAGUUCAAUUUAUUAAGAAAAUAAAACAGGAAAAAUUAGGGUACAAGGCUGGCCACCAAAUGCGAAGUCAAUCUGCUAUUUAACUUUGAAAACAAGCAAUUUUACAUAUUACCACUAACACUAAUACAUAUAGGUGAUGGAACCAUGAUUCAUUGAAUUUUGGGGGUAAAGAAAAGCUUAGUAUUAGUAUUGACAAUAUUAAGAUAGUAUUCUUGUAGGAAUGCUAUGUGCAUGUUUGAUAUUUUGCUGAGUAAUGAAUUGUUCAAUAUUUAAGGAGAAUAUUAAGAAAACACAAGGGUAGAGUUUGAUACAGCGACCGACAUUUUUGGCACAUCAAAAAUUCUCAUAGUCAUUACCUUUAUGUUACUUUACGCUACUGGCUUUUGUGCCCUUGAAGAUUCUAACAGUGACCAAAAUAUCUGUGUGGUUAAGGCUCACUUUGAUUAUUGUUAUUGAAGCCUGAUUUUAAAAGAAUAAUAAUCAAAAAUACCUCGUGAACUUGCUAUCUGCUCUGUUUCUAGUUAAAAUAUAAUAAAGAUUAUCUGCCUGUGCUGUACUCUUGCUUCUAGGUAAUCAUUGAAUGGUUAAAGAAAUGGCAUUGUGCUUACUCUUAAAAAUUCUAAAUAGGAGGAAUGAGGAAGAGAAAUGAAGGUCGGACCACAUAGAUACAUUGUACAGAAUAAAUACCAUUAAAAUAGUAACCUAAACCCAGUAUUCACCAUUACAACAUAAUUAAUAGCUUCUAUUUUAUGCCUUUUAUGAUUUUAACACAAAAUUUCACUUAAAAAAUGUCAGUGUAAAAUGUGUUCUGGAACUAUUGAUUAGCUUUUAAUGACUAUUUUUGGCAAGGAAUUUUGUCCUAUUUGUCAACUUGUAAUUGAGUUGUUGCUGGGUUUUCUUUUAAUUAAGGACUUUAAGUAUGUAAAAUUAGGGUAUUCAAAUGUAAGUAGUAACUCCUAACUCGGAUUUUUGUAAAGCUGUAAUUUAAUGUUUAUAAAGUGCUAGUAUACUGCCCUAAAUGAUGGCAACAUCUCAUUACAUUUCCUCUAGUAAAAAGCACUUUUUUA